UGUGGACGCGAUCUCCGCCACGGGUGCAGACGCGGAAGCGGGGCCGCUCGGACUUGGGGCGCUCGUGGGACAGCAUGGGGGACAGCCGGGACCCAGCCACCGACCAGAUGAAGCACUGGAAGGAGCAGCGGGCCGCGCAGCCUGAUGUUCUGACCACCGGGGCUGGUAUCCCAAUAGGAGACAAACUCAAUAUUAUGACGGCAGGGCCCCGAGGGCCCCUCCUUGUUCAGGAUGUGGUUUUCACUGAUGAGAUGGCUCACUUUGACCGGGAGAGAAUUCCUGAGAGAGUCGUGCAUGCUAAAGGAGCAGGGGCUUUUGGCUACUUUGAGGUCACGCAUGACAUCACCAGAUACUCCAAGGCAAAGGUGUUUGACCAGAUUGGCAAGAGGACUCCCAUUGCGGUUCGAUUCUCUACCGUUGCUGGAGAAUCAGGCUCAGCUGACACAGUUCGUGACCCUCGUGGGUUUGCGGUGAAAUUUUACACUGAAGAUGGUAAUUGGGAUCUUGUUGGAAAUAAUACCCCCAUUUUCUUCAUCAGGGAUGCCAUGUUGUUUCCGUCCUUUAUCCACAGCCAAAAGAGAAACCCUCAAACGCACCUGAAGGAUCCGGAUAUGGUCUGGGAUUUCUGGAGUCUGCGUCCUGAGUCUCUGCAUCAGGUUUCUUUCCUGUUCAGUGAUCGAGGCAUUCCGGAUGGACAUAGGCACAUGAAUGGAUAUGGAUCACAUACUUUCAAGCUGGUUAAUGCGAAGGGAGAGGUAGUUUAUUGCAAAUUCCAUUAUAAGACUGACCAGGGCAUCAAAAACCUUUCUGUUGAAGACGCAGCAAGACUCUCCCAGGAAGACCCUGACUACGGCCUCCGGGACCUUUUUAACGCCAUUGCCACAGGCAACUACCCAUCCUGGACCUUGUACAUCCAGGUCAUGACAUUUGAUCAGGCAGAAACUUUUCCAUUUAACCCAUUUGAUCUUACCAAGGUUUGGCCUCACAAGGACUACCCUCUUAUCCCAGUUGGUAAGCUGGUCUUAAACCGGAACCCAGUUAAUUAUUUUGCUGAGGUUGAACAGUUGGCCUUUGACCCAAACAACAUGCCACCUGGCAUUGAGCCCAGCCCGGACAAAAUGCUUCAGGGCCGCCUUUUUGCCUAUCCUGACACCCACCGCCACCGCCUGGGACCCAACUAUCUUCAGAUACCCGUGAACUGUCCCUUCCGCACUCGAGUGGCCAACUACCAACGCGACGGCCCCAUGUGCAUGUUCGACAACCAGGGUGGCGCUCCGAAUUACUACCCCAAUAGCUUCAGUGCUCCGGAGCAACAGCCUUCUGCCCUGGAACGUAAAAGCCAGUGCUCUCCAGACGUGCAGCGUUUCAACAGUGCCAACGAGGACAACGUCACUCAGGUGCGCGCCUUCUACUUGCACGUGCUGGAUGAAGAGCACAGGAAGCGCCUGUGCCAGAACAUCGCCGGCCAUCUGAAGGACGCGCAGCUUUUCAUCCAGAAGAAAGCGGUCAAGAACUUCAGUGAUGUCCAUCCUGACUACGGGGCCCGCGUCCAGGCUCUUUUGGACAAAUACAAUGCUGAGAAACCUAAGAACGCGAUUCACACCUUUGUGCAGUCUGGGUCCCACUUGUCUGCGACGGAAAAAGCUAAUCUGUGAGGGCCAGGGGCCCUGGUCCUGCACCAAGCUGCUCCCCACCUGGGGAGCAACGCAGGUGUUCCCACACGCAGCCCGCUCAGCACUGGAAGGAAGAUUCUCUGUGUUAGAUGCGCAAAUGCAAGCUCAUGUCUUUAAAUGAUAAUCCACGUCUCUACAGCAAAUAAUGUAAUAAUGAUCUUUAAUGCUGUUUCCCUUGGGGAAAAUGAAGGUUAGGCCCUAGCCGUCAUUUAAAAGAAACAUGUAUUUGCUUUUGACAGUUGCUUGAAUUAUUCACUUAAAAUGACUGGAAUGAAAGUUUUUAGCAAAAAUAUGAUCUUAUUUGAUAAGAAACAAUUCUGGUGAAAUUACUAUGUUUACGUAUCAUCUCAUAGCCUAUUAUAUAGAAAUAUGGCUGUAAUUAUAUAAGAAGAAAAGAUAAAGAUAAUUCGCUUAGAAAUUUUAAAUUUUCUAAGUUCCUUAUAUGAAAAACACACUCAAUGCAUUGGUGUCUCUUGAAAAUGACUUCAGCACCAUCAUGUCUUAAUGCUUAUUCCUGUUUGGAACUGAUGAGAUUUUUAAAAAAUCUUGGAAUUACAUUUAUGCUAAUACAGCACUGAUUUUGCAACAGACUGAUUUGUGAUUGCUUACAUUUUUACAAUAAAAUAAUCUGUACAUAAGAAUAAAAGAAUGAUAUUUGA